AAACAGCAAUGAUUUCCAUCGCCGUGCACUGAUAGCCUGAUCGUCUGUGUGUAGCAUCCCAUUGUGUUGUAGGAAUUUGUCCAGGUGUAUUGAUCAUUCUGUAAACCCAGCUCCUUGUUGGUAUAAAACCUGACGCCGGGGUAUCUUCACGCAUUUGAAAUACAGCGGUCCAUGCAACACUAUAAUCAUCGAGAUGUCGCGUGUUUUGGUAGCCCAUCGGCCAUCAGGAACAUGGGCUGCGAGUAAGAUUGGAGGAUAUUCGGUCAAGAUCGUCAAACAAGUCCAGGAGAAAUCCGAGCAUCAUCUUUUCAGAGACGUAACCAAUCUUCAAGCGCGAGAUGCGAAACCACUAGACACCAAAGAGCGCUCCUUCAGAAGCACCAAGGCCUGUGACAUCCGGGCAAACCCACCCAAAUGGUGCUCCGAGAAUGUGCCACCGUGUGUCAGUGAUAAGACUAACCAUGGUAAGCUGGUUGGCCGAGCAGGUAAGGUAGGCAAAUCGAAGGAGGCAACGGCACCCGCAGUACGACGGGGAAAGAGAGACGACAUCCAAGAUACAGAGCACCAUGGCUGCUUGGCACCGGCACGGGAACAGUGCGGUGCGCCUCCCUUCGGACUGCACAUUGCACAAGAUGUCGAGCCAAUGGAAUUCAGUGCUCUCAAGCUGGAGUUGGAUUGCAUGGAGGAGAUUGCUAGCUCAGAAUGCCCAGAAGCAGAACCAGAGAAUGAUCCCAUGCUCAUGUCCGAGUAUUCCACAGAAAUCUACAGAUACCUACGGAGCAUGGAGUAUAAAUGCGUGGUGCCAACCAGCUAUCUAACAGGACCUGCUGUAACCCCAAACACCAGGGCUGUCCUUAUCAAUUGGCUCGUCCAAGUUCAGGUUCACCUGGAGCUCUCUGAAGAAACCCUGCACCUGACUGCCAUACUCCUAGACCGGUUCCUGUCCCAGCAACCUAUCGGUCUGAACCUUCUCCAGCUGCUUGGGGUGUCGUGCCUGUUUGUUGCAAGCAAGUACGAGGAGCGAUCUGCACCCGAGGUGGAAACCCUGUGCAAGUUGACUGACUACACAUACACCCAUGAUGCCGUGUUGAUGAUGGAAAGACGUAUUCUCCAUGUCCUGCAAUUCGAUCUCUUCAGCCCCACACCGAUGACGUUCUUGGAACAGUUCCUCAAGGCGGACACUGAUGAACAACGGGUUGAAUUCCACUUUGCCAACUACAUCCUUGACUUGGCUCUGACCGACGCCUCGCUUCUCAAGUACUACCCGUCCGAGCGGGCCGCGGCGGCAACUUGCCUAGCCCGCCACCUUGCGGGUCCGUGGGUCGAUGAGGACUGCUGGACCGCCGAUCUUGUCCAGAGAACGGGCUACACGGAGCAGCAGCUUACAGCGUGUCUGGCUGGAAUGGCGAGGCUUGUCAGUGAAGCUAACAAAAGCCCGUACAAGGCUACAACAGAAAAGUUUUCCUGUCCAACCUACGAUUCUGUGAGCUGUAUUCAGGGGCCGUGCUUGAUCAAGGCAGAAUUUCUCUCCGAUCUGUAGCCAUAUAACGGGUUGGUUCAACUGGGCACCGUAGACCCGUUUUGUUGGAGCCGAAACGCUAUUUUCAAGUCACGGUCGAAGUUUCAACACAGUGAUUCGAUACAAUAAUACACAUAUUCCACUGGCAAUGACCAUGAGAUGGUUAAUUUUGUUCAUCUAUGGAUGCGAUUUCAUUUGUCGUGCUGUUCUUUUUUUUUUAACUUGACAGGAAUUUGAAGGAAAGUUAAAAUUACGUCGGCACUGUUCCCCGAACGGAGAUGAUUGAUUUCAACAAUAGUUUUGGGACAUAUAGAAAUGUCUUUUGCCUUCAAACUUUAGAACAUCCUUUCUCAAAACAUUCUUCUUUAUUAUUAUUCUAAAUUAUUCUUUAAACAAAUGUCUUUCAAUGGUGUAGACAUAAUUUGCCCCGAAGGAAUAUACAUGUAUUAGUUUUGUGACGAUGAAGCUGUUUUGCUACAGUUGCAAUACAAGGAUAGAGUGAGGAUGGAGUGAGCGAACCGUGUUUUCAAUUCAGAUUUUGAAAAUGUAGAGUAUUUAUGAUUAUUUUUUCGAGAUUAUAUUUUGUGUAAAAGAUAGUUCCAGAUAUAUACUUGGUGUUUCGGGGAAUGGGGGAUGUGAUCCCUUGAAUGAGGCACAUACAAUCGGGCUACACUGCCUUACUCCCUAAUCGUGGGCCGUACUGUGACGGUCAGCACGUGUUACACGCACGGGAAUCAUUUAAAUUAAGAAAAUUAUAAUUUUUGUUGAUCGUAUUUCGUUUGUUAUGCUACAGGCUGGACCUGUCCAAAAAUAAAACAAAACAAGAAUUGUUUACAGUGGUUGUUUAUAAAAUGGA